GAGCCAUUCUGUCGAAUUGGAUAAACCUUCGCUCGAGGGUUUUAGGGAUUGCUUCGACCCUGUAACUUGAAUCGUCUUCAUUUCUUCAAAUUCGCAGAUCUUCAGAACAACCACUUGGGCUUCUUUAACUUUUCUUGAAGGUAGUAUUUAUAUAGUGUCAAGCAUGGCGAGUAUGCUUGCUGCUCCUACAAUGGCGACAUUCCGUGUGAAUAUAGGGAGCAAGAACCAUACAAAGUUGAAUUCUACCAUCAAGGGAUCUCUCAAAAUUAGGGCUAUGCGCAUAGAGAAACCUCUUGAGGAGUUAUACAAUGUGAGAGUUGAACGUAAGGUAUCAGAGGAACGGCUUUCCCAGCUAGGAAUUUCGAGGUGGUCGACAUGGAAGACAGGGAAGUGCAAAUUGCCAUGGGACUGGCAAGCAGAUCAACUGGUUUACAUUGAGGAAGGUGAAGUGAGAGUAGUUCCUGAGGGGAGCAAGCAGUACAUGAGUUUCGUGGCUGGUGACCUCGUUCGUUACCCAAAGUGGUUCGAAGCUGACCUUUUUUUCAAUGGACCGUAUCAAGAGCGUUACUGUUUCAAAGCAUAUGGUGAUGACUACUAGUCGUUGCAUCACCCACGAAAAGUUUCAGUUUCUUGUUUCUAGACUGCCCUCAGUUCUCUUUUUGCUGGAAAUAUGUUUCAUGAACAUUUUCUUGCAGUUUGUGCUCAUGGCUUGCCCCAAAUCAGUAGCUUCUUAGAGGCUCUCUCCUUGUUGUUAUGAUUCUUGAAAUCCUUUGGAAGAUUAUGCUUGGAGAGGCAGAUUUGCAUGAACAGCAAUGUAACAAUGUUGAAUUGGCAUUUAACUGGAUAUUCGAUUAGAAACUCGGUUGUUGUAACUUCAGAGUCUACGAGUUCCUUCGGGAUCUUCAUUUUAAUUGUUGAGAUCAAAAGAUGAAGAGAUUUUAUUUUUCAUGAA